AUGGCUCAGUGUACCUCAGCUCUCAUGUGGGGCCACCAGAAUUUAGUUUGCAGAAGGUGAUAGGUACGUCUGAUACCUGUGUGACCUGUGGCUAUGGAAGUGUGAGCACAUGUGAUAAGCAUUGUUCAGAAGUUAGCUGGCACAAACAUUCUGUUUGGGAGCAAGCAAGGGGAAAUUUGUGCAGCAGUAGGCAGGCCAUGGCUUGAUCAACCUCUCAGUCCACGCACCCACGAAAAAGCAUGGUGGGAGGAUAGGCUCUUCAUUGCCCUCUCGUGGUUUCUCAGUGUACAUUUGAGAGUGCAUGUCUGCUUUCAUAUUUCUGGAGACAGGUCAGUAGGAUAGGGUGAACUGGAACCUGGCAAAGAAGAGGGACCAGCAAGCUUGGCGGGGAUUUAGAAGUUGAGCAGUUCAGAGGUACUCCAUGUUUUCGUGUUCAAUGAAAAUGACAAACAGUUGCUCAACUCCCUUCAGCCAGAAGAAAUUUGAAUGUUACACAAAUAAUGCCAGGAAUAAUUUGAAAAGUAAUUUUGCCUGAAAUGCCCAUCCCUAGUAGAAACUGUGUACUGUUUUCCUAAAGUCACCUAAAAUUCUUUUUAUAUUGUAUCAGAAAUUGCUCAAUGUGGCAGUUACACAAAAAUGGAACUAUACCUCAGAAAAAGGCAGAGAAUUUUCUACACUUUUAUUUAUGUGUUUCUAAAAACCUUUUCCUAUGCAGAAAACCUAAUUCUCUAACUGUGUAGAAUGUCUAUAACUGACCUAUUGUUCCACAAUGCAGAAGAUGUUGACAAACAUCACAGACCCAUGCAUGGAAUUUGUAGAUUAAGGUUGGAUUAUUAGAAGACAUUUUGAACACAUUAAAUAUUUUGACCAAUGUGGAUAUCCGAUAUCUGGAUAUUAUAUUUGGUGUUUAUUUUAAAUUAAACACUGAAACACUGCAAAAAUCUAGUCUUGCUUCACUGACUUGUUUUAUUUCACAAACCCCAGGCAUGUCUGUAUGUUCACACACACACACACCACUGCCCCUCCGCCUCAGCCAGAACCGGUUAUACAGGUUGCUUUAUGACUUGAUACAGUGACUAUUUCCUGUAAGUGAACUCUGUGCUCAUACAGGGUUUGAUUUAACAAACCGAUGUUGGAGUGAAGUAAACGUGUGUCCUGCUGUAAUCUGGAGAAGGAGACAUGACCUCCAACAUGAGUGUGUCUGGAGAACGGGACUUAAAGAAAGACGAGAGAAUGAUGGAGGGAAAGAGAUCAGACUCACCAGAACCCAGCUGCGUGUCCAUGAAGAGUGACCGGUCAACGGAGUAUCCAUUUAACUUCAGAGACGGAACCAGUUCUCCUGAUGUGAGACCACAAAAGAAGAAAUCAAACAUCAGCAGAAAUCAGCUGGACUCCAUAUUCAAGGAGCUGGAACACAAAGUCAUCACUCUGGUAAAGAAUGAACUAAAGAGGUUUAGGAAGCUCCUGAGUCCGGAUUACCCAGCAUGCACUGAGAGGAAGGUGGAGGAUGAGGAGGAUCUGCACAGUGUCAGAGAGGGAGCGCUGAAAAUCACACUGCACGUCCUGAAGAACAUGAACCACACAGAUCUCGCUAACACACUGCACAACAAGUCUGUGGCCUCUGUGUAUCAGACAGAGCUGAAAUCCAGCCUGAGAGAGAAGUUUAAAAGAAUUAAUGAAGGAAUCUCACAGCAUGGAAGCUCAGCACUUCUGAAUGAGAUCUGUACAGAGCUCUACAUCACAGAGGGUUGGAGUGGAGACGUCAAUAAUGAACAUGAGGUGAGACAGAUUGAGACAGCGUCCAGGAGACCAGCAACACAGGAGACACCCAUCAAAUGUAACGAGCUCUUUAAAGACAAGUCCAUCAGAAGAGUGCUGACUAAAGGAGUUGCUGGAAUUGGAAAAACAGUCUCUGUGCAGAAGUUCAUUCUGGACUGGGCUGAAGGAAAAGCAAAUCAGGACGUCACCUUCAUGUUUCCACUUCCCUUUCGAGAGCUGAAUCUGAUGAAGCAGAGAAAUCUCAGUAUGAUGGAGCUUCUUCAUCACUUUUUCCCAGAAAUGAGAAAACUAGAAUUACUAGACUCCUACACAGUGGUGUUGAUCUUUGAUGGUCUGGAUGAGUGUCGACUUCCUCUAAAUUUCCAGAAGGAUGAGAUAUUGUGUGAUGUGAAAGAGUCAGCCUCAGUGAAUGUGCUGCUGACAAACCUCAUCAAGGGGAAUCUGCUUCCCUCUGCUCUCCUCUGGAUAACCUCUCGACCAGGAGCAGCCAAUCAGAUCCCUCCUGAGUGUGUAGACCAGGUAACAGAGGUACGAGGCUUCAGUGAUCCUCAGAAAGAGGAGUACUUCAGGAAGAGGAUCAGUGAUCAGAGCCUGGCCAAUAAAAUCAUCACACGCAUGAAGUCUUCAAGAAGCCUCUACAUCAUGUGCCACAUCCCAGUCUUCUGCUGGAUCUCAGCCACUGUUCUAGAGAGAAUGUUGGGUGAAGCAGAGAGUGGAGAGGUCCCCAAGACUCUGACUCAAAUGUUCACACACUUCCUGAUCUUUCAGAUCAAACACAAGGACCAAAAGUACCACCAGAAAUGUGACCCUGAUCCUCAGCAGACCAGAGAGAGUAUCCUGGCACUGGGGAAACUGGCUUUCCAACAGCUGGAGAAAGGAAACCUGAUCUUCUAUGAGGAAGACCUGAGAGAGUGUGGCAUUGAUGUUGGAGAAGUGGCAGUGUACUCAGGAGUGUGUACCCAAAUCUUCAGAGAGGAGUUUGGGCUUCACCUGGGGAAGGUGUUCAGCUUUGUACAUCUGAGUGUUCAGGAGUUUCUGGCUGCUUUAUACACAUUUCUCUGCUUUAUUUUUAGAAAGACAAAUGUGUUAGUGGAGCAACGCACUGGACUUUUCCAUUUCUUCAGCAAGUCAACCAUGUCUGAUUUCCUCAGGAGUGCAGUGGACAAGGCCUUACAGAGUGAGAAUGGACACCUGGACCUGUUCCUCCGCUUCCUUCUGGGUCUCUCACUGGAGUCCAAUCAGGCUCUCUUACGAGGCUUAAUGCCCCAGACAGGAAGCAGCUCUCACAGCAAACAGGAAACAGUCGAGUACAUCAAGGAGAAGAUCAGGGAGAAUCCGUCUCCAGAGAAAUUCAUCAAUCUGUUCCACUGUCUGAAUGAACUGAAUGAUCAUUCUCUAGUGCAGGAAGUACAGACUUGCCUGAACAGAGAAGGUAGCAGUCGUCUCAGUGGAACCAGACUCUCUCCUGCUCAGUGGUCAGCUCUGGUGUUUGUGUUACUGAACUCAGAUCAGGAGCUGGACGAGUUUAAUUUGAGGAAAUAUGACCCAUCAGAGGAAUGUUUUCUGAAGCUGCUGCCAGUGGUCAAAGCCUCCAGAAAAGCUGUGCUGUGGGGGUGUAAUCUGACAGAGGAAAGCUGUAGAGUUCUGUCCUCAGUUCUCAGCUCAAACUCCUCCAGUCUGAGAGAACUGGACCUGAGUCACAAUAACCUGCAGGAUUCAGGAGUGAAGCUGCUCUCUGCUGGACUGGAGAAUCCACACUGUACACUGGAGACACUGAGGCUGUGGGGGUGUAAUCUGACAGAGGAAAGCUGUAGAGUUCUGUCCUCAGUUCUCAGCUCAAACUCCUCCAGACUGAGAGAACUGAACCUGAGUCACAAUAACCUACAGGAUUCAGGAGUGAAGCUGCUCUCUGCUGGACUGGAGAAUCCACACUGUACACUGGAGACACUGAGCAUGUAUAACUGCAGUAUUACAGAUGAAGGUUUUGCUGCUCUGGCUUCAGCUCUGAGUUCAAACUCCUCAUCACACCUGAGAGAACUGAAUCUGAACAGUAAUAAUCCAGGAAAAUCAGGAGUGAAGCUGCUCUCUGAUCUACUGAAGGAUCCACACUGUAAACUGGAGACAUUAUAG